UACUCCCCGAGAAAAAUGUCGUCUGCUUGGAAGGACUCUAAAUAUUUUCUGUGAUUUUUAAAUAUAUCGAUAGCGAUAAUUCAUGAUAUUACCAUUCUAAAUCAGAUAAACAAAAAUGGAGCAUACCACAGAUAAGGCCAGACAUGCUUAGUUAAUGUGAAUCUCUUAGGAUUUAAGAGGAAGUGUUAUGGACAUGAAUAAAAAGUGAUAACUAGUGGUUGUGUGGUGUGAAUUAACAAAAAUGUCUGAUGAAGAGGACUCCUCCCCUGACUGGGCGCUGGCUCCCACUAAUAAUGUACCAGCGCUCGGCAUAAAGCGUCUCAAACAAAUAGAGACGAUGUUCGUCUCGCGGCGGUUACAGGGCCCACGUGCCAACACGCUCAGCGUGGAGACGCUGCUCGACGUGUUUCUUGUGUUGUACGACGAGUGUUGUAACAGCAGCUUGCGGCGCGAGAAGGCGGUGGCCGACUUCAUUAGCUACGUGAAACCAGUGGCCACCGCUUUGAAACGGCUCCGACUGUCGCGGGACGACUUCGAACUAGUCAAAGUGAUCGGGCGCGGGGCGUUCGGCGAAGUGUGUGUUGUUAGAGCUUCUUUUAUACAGAACGGUGAGGGCAACGGCACAGCGCCCAGCGCGGCGACCAGCGAACGAGUGUACGCUAUGAAGAUAUUGAAUAAAUGGGAGAUGCUGAAGCGUGCUGAUACAGCGUGUUUUCAAGAGGAGAGAGAUGUGCUCGUGUUUGGCGAUCGACGGUGGAUAACCAAUUUGCAUUAUGCCUUCCAGGAUGACCAUAAUUUAUACCUGGUAAUGGACUACUACUGUGGAGGCGAUCUAUUAACUCUCCUGUCGAAGUUCGAAGACCGUCUUCCGGAAGACAUGGCGCGUUUCUACAUCACAGAGAUGGUUCUAGCCGUGCAGAGCGUGCACGAGCUGAGAUAUGUGCACCGAGACAUAAAACCAGACAACGUGCUAUUGGACGCGAGCGGGCACAUACGAUUGGCCGAUUUCGGUUCUUGCUUGCGAUUGGGCGACGAUGGGAAGGUACAAAGUAAUGUAGCUGUAGGCACACCGGAUUAUAUUUCGCCAGAAAUAUUGAGGGCGAUGGAGGAUGGCCAAGGUCGAUACGGACCGGAGUGCGAUUGGUGGUCACUUGGUGUGUGCAUGUACGAAAUGCUAUUCGGCGAGACGCCAUUUUACGCGGAAUCUUUGGUGGAAACAUAUGGAAAGAUAAUGAAUCACGCUCGUUGCUUCCACUGCCCGCCGCCCGAUGAACACGCGGCACAGGUGUCGGAGGAAGCGAAGGAUUUGAUCCGUAGACUGAUUUGUGCGUCUGAGACGAGAUUAGGCAAGAACGGGAUACAAGAUUUUAAGACACACCCAUGGUUCAGUGGUGUCGAAUGGGACGCGAUCAGAGAGGCUAGUGCGCCGUUCGUUCCCGAUGUGGCGAGUCCAACUGACACUUCCAACUUUGACGUGGAUGAUACUGAUAUACGGUUAUCAGAAGCAGUACCACCACCAUCGGCCUCGUCAGCUUUCUCCGGACUGCACUUACCGUUUAUAGGAUUUACAUUCACAGCGGGUUCGAGAUUGAGCGAUCUGGGUGCACCCACACCGUUGAGUCCAGCUAAGAAUGCACCGAGUCAGGCGCCAUCAAACGUGGGUGAGAGAGCAGCGUUAAAAGCACUAGAGCGUGAGAAUGCUUUACUAGCUCAUACUAUAGCGGAGUUACGGGCUGGAUUAGGGGAAGGAGAAGAUAUGACACAAUUAAGGGAGGAAUUACAAACAGUCAAAAAGAGGAAUUCCGAAUUGGAGACGCAGGCGAAACGGUUCGAGCAAAUCACGUCUAAUAAUACCGCACAGGAUGCAUCAUCGCUAUCGCAACAAGAGUUAGUGUCGAAACUUCGAGAACUGGAGCUAGUCAUAGAGACGCUCACGGCUGAGAAGGAGGAGCUUUUGAAGGAUAAAAUCGAUUCCGUUGAGAAGUUGCGAUUGCAGGAUAAGGAGCUAGCGGACGCGGUCACACAGCGCAAGCUAGCUAUGACCGAAUACAGUGAAGUUGCCGACAAAUUGGCCGAAUUGCGACAGCAGAAACACAAACUUAGCCGACAGGUUCGAGACAAAGAAGAAGAGUUAGAAGUGGCAAUGCAAAAGAUAGACGCGUUACGACAAGACAUAAGAAGAGCUGAUAAGGGACGGAGGGAGAUGGAGGCGAGACUCGAAACAGCUGUCGCGGAGGCUACUAAGGAAAGAAAGUUACGUGAGGAAUCGCUCCGCUUACAACGCGUCGAACCGCCCAGCGCUGUUGCAGAUGUGGCCAAAUUGCAAGCUGAUAUCGAAGCGCUUGAGGCUCAAUACGCGGAAUCUCUAGCUCAACAACAAGCGCGCUACGCGAGCGAGGUGUCCGCUCUGCGCGAGCAACUGCACGAGACUGACGCUCUGCGGUCCAUGCUCAAUAGAGAGUUACAAACAUCAAAGGAAAAAUUGGAGAAUCGUCGGUUAGAACAGCUUACAGAUAGCGAAGAUAAACAAAUGCUCAUCAAUGAAAAUAGGAAGCUUGCUAAGGAUUUGGAUGCUAUGGCAGAAAAUGGACGGCGUUGGCAAGCCGAGAGGAGACAGCUAGAGAUGGAGUUGGAAGAGUUGCGCGCGAAGAGAGACACGAUGCAGCACUGGGAGACGCAGAUCGCAGACAUAAUAAGAUGGGUGGCAGACGAGAAAGAGGCUCGGGGAUACUUGCAAGCGUUGGCCACUAAGAUGACAGAGGAGUUGGAUUAUUUGAAACACGCAACCGCGUCCCGCACUUCCGCGCCGGCCUCACCAGGCGCAGGGCCCGGCGUGGGGCCCCCAGCCCUAGGGCCCGGCGGGGGGCCCCCGGGGCCCGGCGGCUGGCGCAACCGCCGCUCGCAGAAGGUCGACAAGAUGGAGAUACUCACGCUGCAGUCGUCGCUGCACUCGGAGAUACAGGCCAAACAGGCGGUCGGCGAGGAGCUCAGUCGUACCCGGGCGGAGUUACUGGCCAGUCAGAGGGAGCUAUUGGAAACUCGACAACGCCUGGACACGCUAGCGCACGACAUGAAACGCAAGGAGCAGCACAUACGCGACAUGCAGGCCAAGCUCGACCAGCCGCAGCACGGGCACAACUCCUCCAGGCAGGGAUCGACGAAAUCUACAUAUUGGAGCGGCAAAGAAGAGAACGUUUUGGACCGACCACCGUCACAAAUGAGCUACUUAGAGCAGUUUCUGAAAGACGCGCCGGCUGAGAGGCAUUACGAUAAUGUCAGUACGAUUAACAGCGAGCAGAAGAUGUCGCCGCAGUAUCGUUAUAGAAAUGUGCAGCAUUGUUGUAACUCGAAGAGAAUGUACGGCUCCCAACAAUCAACGGCGUUAAGCGGUUCAGCCGAAUCUCAAGAUGAGAUGGAACAGCGCGCAGCAUCGCCCAUUUCGUGCAAGAGUUCACCGAGCGAAAUGUCCACUUAUUCCCUACAGGACACGUCCACCGCGCCGCCUGUGGCGGGCAAGCAGAAACUUCACCAAUUUUUAGUCAGAACAUUCAGCAGUCCAACAAAGUGUAACCACUGCACUUCUCUUAUGAUCGGCGUGACGCGGCAGGGCGUGGUGUGCGAGCGCUGCGGCGUGGCCGUGCACACGGCGUGCUGCGCGCGCGUGGCGCCGCGCUGCCCGCUGCCCGCCGAGCGCUGCCGCCGCCCGCUCGGCAUCGACCCGGCGCGCGGCCAGGGCACCGCCUACGAGGGAUACGUCAAGGUGCCAAAACCAGGCGGUGUCAAAAAGGGGUGGAUGCGGCAAUUUGUUGUCGUCUGUGAUUUCAAACUGUUCCUUUACGACAUAUCGCAAGAUAGAAACGCGUUACCGUCAGUGUGCGUCAGUCAAGUGCUGGACAUGCGCGACCCGGAGUUCAGCGUCACGUCAGUGAAGGACUCUGACGUGAUACACGCGAGCAAACGCGACAUACCGUGUAUAUUUAGGAUAUCAACGUCGCAAUUAGAAGGCGGCAAACGUUACCAUACACUCAUGUUGGCGGAAUCGGAGUCGGAGAAGACGAAGUGGGUUGUCGCGUUGAGUGAACUGCAUAGGAUAUUGAAGAGGAACAACUUGCCGGAUAAAUGUGUGUACAGCGCCGCGGCGCUGGUGGACGCGUCGGCGUGGGCGGGCGUGCGCGGCGUGCAGUGCGCGUGCGUGGUGGAGCGCGGCCGCCUGUGCCUGGGCGGGGACUUCGGCCUGGCGCUGCUCGACCUGGAGCGCCGCGAGCUGCUGCCGCGCCGCAGCCACGCGCCCGUCGCGCGCGCGCUCUACGUGCCCAGCGAGCACCUGCUGGUGGUGAUUGCGGGUCGGGGGAGACACGUGCGGCUCGUACCGAUACGAGCACUAGAAUGUCCAGAAGCAGAAAGUGUGAAGCUGGCAGAGGCGAAGGGAGCCGUGGAUGUAGCGGUGGGGGAAUUGGGCGGGUCUGCGUACGGGUUCGCGGUCGUGUGUAAACGGCAGAACUCAUGGGUGGUGCUCGUAUACGAGAUAACACGCACGGCCGCGCGACGAUACCGUGUGGCUGAACUACGAGCCGCCGCGCCCGUACUCAGUGUGCAGCUUUGCCGCGGAAGGCUUAUACUCGGCUACCGUGGGGGGCUGGUUGCGCAUACGCUGCGUGCGGACUUGGAUAGACCGGCUGUUUCGCUGGUGCACCCCGAGAACCAGGUGAGCGUGUUCCUGUCGCACUCGGGCGCGCGGCCGCUGUGCGCGCGGCCCGCGGGCGCGGACUGGCUGCUCGUGUUCGCGGCGCUGGCGCUCUACGUGGACCGCGCCGGCAUGCGGGCGCGCGACGCAGAGCUCAUGUACACGGCGCACCCGCUGCACCACGCGGUGAACGACACUCACCUAUUGAUAUUCACGGCGUCGCAUAUAGACGUGUACGACAUCGAAACUGGGGAAUGGGUGCAAACUAUUAAUAUACCGAACGCCCGACCCUUGGACGAGGGCGGGUGGGUGUGCGCGGUGGGCGGGGGCGGAGGCGCCGCCUUUCCCUUCUCCAACGAGGCUUCGCCCUACCUCGUGUAUCUGAGACCCUUGUUGACGCAGGGUCCGUUGAAUGUGGAGACAGCGACGUACGGAACGAACAAGCGACGGUUUUCUGUAAGAGAACAGUCGCAACAAGCUAUCGAGGCUCAUAAUAGAUUAUCGGAGCGUCGUUCCCGCCUGAUCUCAGCGCCGACGAACUUCGCGCACGUGUCGCACAUGGGGCCGGGCGACGGGAUCCGCUCGCAGCGGCUGCUCGACCUGCCCACCACUGUGGAGACUGCCGACGAUACCGACCAUGAUGCACAUCAGAUGUACAGCAGUCGAGAUAGCAGCAAGCGAACGUCGCCGCUCACCGUGUCGCACCCCACCGGUUCUUAUAACGGUUCAUGGCGAUCAGGCAGAUCUCGCGAGCCGCCGACGGAAGCUCCGCCAUCACCGCCGCUAUCGCACAGGCCUAUGGACAGAUCGGUGGGGGGAGGUUCGGCCGGUAGCGGUUCGUUAUUAGAGAGAUCUAUAACGCCUCUCAGUUUGGGCAGUAUGAGUUCACUGCACGAUGUUCUCAAGGGCAUAUUCCAGGUGGGCACGGAGGGCGUGGAGGGCGCGCACUCCGACAGCAGCGCUGCGGCCUCGCCCACGCGCGCGCACCACGACACAUGAUCGGGUCAGCUAGACGCGUACUGGAGCGUCGACCUGUCGAAGCUGUACGCGUGUUUCUGCUGACGCGUCACGUGAAGCGUGACGUGUGACACGUGUCGUGUCGUGUCACGUGCGUCGCAUGAGACGUGUCGAGU